AUGGGAGAUGCAGUACACGGCCCACUGCCUGUCCAAAACCAAUUGAUGAAGGUUAUACAAAGCCUCAAUGAACAAUUGACUCGAUUGGAGCAAGGCAGCAAACCAGUUGGUCCACAGCCACAAGGAGAACGACUACCAAAGGGAGAAAGUAGAUGUUGGAAAGCACCAGAAGCUGCUUAUGUUGAGCCCAAGCCACCAGACCCUUCAUGGAUCACCCCCCCUCAAAAUCCUUGCACUCAUAACUUUUUACUUAAUUUUUAUUCUGAUGAUUAUAAAGGUGCUGAUAAAACUAAACUCUAUACUUUUUCAGGAAGAAGAAAUUAUCUAGAUUGGGAGAGAAAUCUAGAUGAAUGGUUUUACUACAACAAUAUCCUGAAGAAAGAGAGGCUAGCUUAUGCUAUUGACCAGCUCAGAGAUGAAGCCUUGAAAUGGUGGGUACAAGAAGAAGAUGAUAUAAGGUUUUGCAAAGAACCACCUAUCACCACAUGGAGAGACCUUAGAGAAAUCAUGAGAGAUAAGUAUGCAAAGAAGUAUACCAAUUCUCAGAUCAAGGAACUGUAUCCAAGAAGAUAUCCAACUCAUAGUUCCAAGAAGGCAGAAUUGAAGUCUAAAACUCCAACACAAAAAGUUCCAGCAAAGGCAGAGCAACAAACUGAGAAGCACAAGCAAUUUUGUCCAACUAAGCAAUUAUUGGUAGAAACAUCACUAGAAAAGAAAACUGAUUUAUCUAUGAUGAGAAUUAAAGAGCAUGAAGAGGAGGCACAAGGCGUCACCUUUGUGAUGGGCCAGAAGAUGGUUCAAGACACCAUGCAGUCCAUGUUGCUUAAAGAAGCAAAACCAGUAAUAAGAGUAUCCCACCAAG